UUUACUCUUAGUAUUAAAUCUACUUGAUCCUAGAUAUAUCAGAUCUGGCUAUAGAUCUGGCUAUUAUCCUCAUAAUUAUUAAUUUGACUUGAUAUUUUGAGCCAUCCCUUUAAAAAAAAACUCCAGCAGAACGAAUCAAGGGCUCGGCUACGUAGUUCAAUAUGAACUGUGGCAGGCAACCAAUGUAUUGUCGAAGUUUGCUGUUCACUCUCUUUUUACUGGGAAAAUUAGAGUAAUUUCAAUAAUUGAGUUUUAAGUGACCGAGAACUGACCUAGAGUGACCGCGGCCUUAUAUAAAGUAUACAUUUUAAAAGCGCUUGAAUUAGAUCGACCACUUUCAGAUGCAACAUAAAGUUAUUAUUUGAUUAUCUGCACAGUAAAUGAAAGCCAAUGAAAAUGUUUUUUAAAAAAGCCAAUGUAGUUUUGAGAUUAAUAAACAACUUGCAAAAAAUUCCACUCUGCCAAAAACGACUUCUUUUAACAGGCAGCUGUGUUGAUAUUUCUCAUGGGUUGGAAGAGGAACAGAAACAAAUACAACAGGUUGCAUUGGACUUUGCUAAAAAUGAGCUUGCCCCCAACAUGCAAAAAUGGGAUGAAGAGGAAAUUUUCCCAGUUGAUACAAUGCGUAAGGCUGCAACACUUGGGUUUGGCGCUGUUUAUUGUGAUGAAAAGUAUGGAGGUACAGGGCUGACUCGCCUUGAUGCCUCUGUUAUAUUUGAGGCUCUGGCCACUGGAUGCUGCAGCACUACAGCUUAUAUUAGCAUACACAAUAUGUGUGCCUGGAUGAUAGAUGAAUUUGCAAAUGAGGAACUGCGUAAAAAGUGGAUACCUUCACUAGCCACAAUGGAACAUUUUGCUUCUUACUGUCUUACUGAACCAGGUGCUGGAAGUGAUGCAGCUUCUUUGACAACCUCCGCCAAGAAAGUUGGCUCUGAUUAUAUUAUAAAUGGUGCUAAGGCAUUUAUUAGUGGUAGUGGUAGAUCCAAUAUAUAUCUUGUGAUGUGUCGAACUGGGGAGCUUGGUGCCAAAGGUGUGUCUUGUAUUCUUGUAGAGAAUGGUACACAAGGACUUUCAUUUGGCAAGAAAGAAAAAAAAGUUGGGUGGAACUCGCACCCUGCUAGUAUCGUCUCUUUUGAUGACUGCCGAGUCCCUCAGAGCAAUUUGGUGGGAGCUGAAGGCCAAGGAUUUAACAUUGCUAUGAAAGGUCUUAAUGGAGGAAGGCUAAAUGUAGCAUCAAGUUCUCUAGGUGCAGCCCACUCAGCUUUAUCAAAGGCCCGUGACCAUAUGAAAGUGAGAAAACAAUUUGGCAAGACUUUGGACAGUUUUCAGUAUUUGCAAUUUCGUCUAGCCGAAAUGGCCACGCAGCUAGUGGCGUCACGGUUGAUAGUUAGAAACGCUGCUAAAGCUUUAGAUAAUAAAGAUGUCAGUGCAGUAGCACUGUGCUCCAUGGCAAAGCUUUUUGCUACAGAAGAAUGUUUCAAGAUUUGUAAUGAUGCAAUGCAAAUUUUUGGUGGCUAUGGUUAUUUGAAGGACUACCCUGUACAGCAAUAUAUGCGAGAUACCAGAGUUCAUUGUAUAUUAGAAGGAACCAAUGAGAUAAUGAGAUUACUGGUAUCCAGAGAUCUAUUAGCAGAGAAAUAAGACAGUAUUUAUUUUAGCCAUCGUUCAAAUAUUACUUAUAAAUGUAUACAUUAAAGAAAUAGUCAAGAAAAAAGUAAUCUAUGUUAAUGUUUUGUUUAAUGGAUUCA